GUUCACAGUGACGACUGGAGCCACCAUUGAUUCGGCGUUUGCCCGUGCGAAGCCCGGCACUAACCCUUGACUGGCGUCCUUUCAAUUCACCUUUACUGCAGCCCUGCGAGGAGACUUGUGGACUGGCGCAGUCUCUGCCAGUGAUGGGAAGCGGUGCUAAGCGGCAGUGCUGAAGCUCUCUGAGUAUGAUUCGAAUUGCAGCCUUAAAUGCUUGCUCCACGGUUGAGGAUGAUCAUGAAGGAAGCUUUAAAAGUCACAAAACCCAGACGAAGGAGGCCCAGGAAGCAGAGGCUUUUGCCUUAUAUCACAAGGCCCUGGACCUGCAGAAACACGACCGGUUUGAGGAGUCUGCCAAAGCCUACCAUGAGCUGCUGGAGGCACGCCUGCUACGAGAGGCAGUUUCAUCUGGUGAUGAGAAAGAAGGGCUGAAACACCCUGGGCUGAUGCUGAAGUAUUCCACAUAUAAGAACCUGGCCCAGCUGGCAGCCCAGCGAGAGGACCUGGAGACAGCCAUGGAGUUCUAUUUGGAGGCGGUCAUGCUGGACUCCACAGACGUCAACCUCUGGUAUAAAAUUGGACACGUGGCCCUGAGGCUCAUCCGGGUCCCCCUGGCUCGCCAUGCUUUUGAGGAAGGGCUGCGGUGCAAUCCUGACCACUGGCCCUGCUUGGACAAUCUCAUCACUGUCCUGUACACCCUCAGUGAUUACACAACGUGUUUGUACUUCAUCUGCAAAGCUUUGGAGAAGGAUUGCCGGUACAGCAAAGGACUGGUUCUCAAGGAGAAGAUCUUUGAGGAGCAGCCUUGUCUCCGGAAAGACUCCCUCCGAAUGUUCCUUAAAUGUGACAUGUCUAUCCACGAUGUGUCGGUGAGCGCGGCUGAGACACAAGCCAUCAUAGAUGAGGCCCUGGGGCUGCGGAAGAAGAGGCAAGCACUGACCAUGCGGGAGAAGGAGCCGGAUCUGAAGUUGGUGCAGCCCAUCCCCUUCUUCACCUGGAAGUGCCUCGGAGAGAGUUUGCUGGCCAUGUACAACCACCUCACUACCUGCGAGCCUCCACGGCCCAGCCUCGGCAAGAGGAUUGACCUGUCUGACUACCAGGACCCCAGCCAAUCUCUGGUGUCCUCUGUGGUUGUGGCGCCAGUCAGCGUGAUCCAGUCAAGCCCCAUCAGUGCCAACCCGGCCGUGACCAUGGCAGAGCCUGUGCUCUCCUACUCCCCUGUGGCUGCAACCAGCUUCCCACUGCAUAGUCCCAGCCUGCUAGAGACAGGUAUUGCCAUGGGUGAUGUUUCUGGGGGAGAUAAAUCCAAGAAGGGAGUAAAGCGGAAGAAGAUUUCGGAAGAAAGUGGGGAGACAGCGAAGCGGCGGUCUGCCCGUGUCCGGAACACCAAAUGCAAAAAGGAGGAGAAAGUAGAUUUCCAGGAGCUUCUGAUGAAAUUCUUGCCAUCCAGGCUAAGAAAGCUGGACCCCGAGGAGGAAGAUGAUCCCUUUAAUAACUAUGAAGUUCAGUCAGAAGCCAAACUGGAAAGCUUCCCGAGCAUUGGGCCUCAUAGACUGUCAUUCGACUCAGCUACGUUCAUGGAAUCUGAGAAGCAGGAUGUGCAUGCAUUCCUCCUGGAGAACUUGACCAAUGGAGGUAUUCUGGAGCUGAUGAUGCGCUACUUAAAGAGCAUGGGCCACAAGUUCCUGCUGAGGUGGCCGCCGGGCCUGGCGGAGGUUGUGCUCAGCACCUACCAUAGCUGGAGGAGGCACAGCACCAGCCUGCCCAACCCACUGCUGAGGGACUGCAGCAACGAGCACAUCAAGGGAGACAUGGAGCAGGCCUUGGAGAACUAUGACAUCUGCACGGAAAUGCUCCAGGGCUCCACUGCCAUCCAGGCAGAGGCAGGGGCUGAGCAAAGAGACAUUGUCAUCCGGCUGCCCAACCUCCACAACGACUCAGUCGUUUCCCUGGAGGAGAUCGAUAAGAACCUGAAGUCGCUGGAGCGGUGCCAGUCCCUGGAGGAGAUUCAGCGGCUGUAUGAGGCCGGAGACUACGAGGCUGUCGUGCACCUACUCCGCCCCACUUUGUGCACCAGUGGGUUUGACCGGGCCAAACACCUGGAGUUUAUGACGUCCAUUCCCGAGAGGCCAGCCCAACUGCUGCUGCUACAGGAUUCCUUGCUCCGGCUGAAGGACCACCAGCAGUGUUUUGAGUGCUCCGAUGUGGCUCUGAACGAGGCGGUCCAGCAGAUGGUGAAUGUGACUGAAGCUUCAGGCAAGGAAGAGUGGGUAGCCACAGUGACCCAGCUGCUGCUGGGCAUCGAGCAGGCACUCUCGGCAGAUAGCAGUGGCAGCAUUCUGAAGGAAUCAUCUUCUGCCACUGUCCUCAUCCGUCUCAGCAACAACCUCAUCCAGACUGACUGUUGGCCUGCUCUUUCCCCAGUGAUGUCCGAGACGUCCUUGCUGCCGUCCUCCCUCAUGCUGCUCAACACGGCCCACGAGUAUUUGGGCCGGAGGUCCUGGUGCUGCAACUCAGAUGGGGCUCUGCUGCGCUUCUACGUACGGGUUCUCCAGAAGGAGCUUGCUGCGUCCACCUCUGAAGACACACACCCCUAUAAGGAGGAGCUGGAGACAGCUUUGGAGCAGUGCUUCUACUGCCUGUACAGCUUCCCCAGCAAGAAGAGUAAGGCCAGAUACCUGGAAGAGCACUCGGUCCAGCAGGUGGACCUUAUAUGGGAAGAUGCCCUGUUUAUGUUUGAGUACUUUAAGCCCAAGACCCUUCCUGAAUUUGACAGCUAUAAGACUAGCACCGUUUCUGCUGACUUGGCCAACCUCCUGAAGAAAAUUGCCACCAUCGUGCCUCGAACAGAGAGGCCGGCCCUGAGCCUGGACAAAGUCUCCGCCUACAUAGAGGGGACCUUGGCUGAGGUGCCCUGCCUCCCAGAAGGGGCUGACCCCUCCCCUCCAGUGGUGAAUGAGCUCUACUACCUUCUGGCUGAUUACCAUUUCAAAAACAAGGAACAGUCCAAGGCCAUCAAGUUCUACAUGCAUGACAUCUGCAUCUGCCCUGACAGAUUCGAUUCCUGGGCAGGCAUGGCCCUGGCCCGGGCCAGUCGCAUUCAGGACAAGCUGAACUCCAAUGAGCUGAAGAGCGAUGGGCCCAUCUGGAAGCAUGCCACGCCUGUCCUGAAUUGCUUCCGGCGGGCCCUGGAGAUCGACAGCUCUAACCUGUCCCUGUGGAUUGAAUACGGCACCAUGUCCUAUGCCUUGCACUCCUUCGCCUCUCGCCAGCUGAAACAGUGGAGAGGCGAGCUGCCCUCCGAGCUUGUGCAGCAGAUGGAGGGCCGGCGUGACAGCAUGCUGGAGACAGCCAGGCACUGUUUCACAUCCGCAGCCCGCUGUGAGGGCGACGGUGAUGAAGAGGAGUGGCUCAUCCACUACAUGCUGGGCAAAGUGGCUGAGAAGCAGCAACAGCCGCCCACCGUUUACCUGCUGCACUACAGGCAGGCUGGCCACUACCUGCAUGAGGAGGCCGCCCGCUACCCCAAGAAGAUCCACUACCACAAUCCACCUGAGCUGGCCAUGGAGGCCCUGGAGGUGUACUUUCGGCUCCACGCUUCCAUCCUGAAGCUCCUGGGGAAGCCCGAUGCCGGGGUGGGUGCAGAGGUCCUGGUCAACUUCAUGAAGGAGGCUGCAGAAGGACCCUUUGCCAGGGGCGAGGAGAAGAAUACGCCCAAAGCUUCAGAAAAGGAGAAGGCCUGCCUGGUGGACGAGGACUCCCACUCUUCAGCUGGGACACUGCCGGGCCCCGGAGCCUCCCUCCCUUCCUCCUCUGGCCCAGGUCUGACAUCCCCACCUUACACAGCCACUCCGAUUGACCACGAUUACGUCAAAUGUAAAAAACCCCACCAGCAGGCGACGCCGGACGAGCGCAGCCAGGAUAGCACUGCUGUGGCACUUUCGGACUCCAGCUCGACACAGGACUUCUUUAACGAGCCCACCAGCUCAGUAGAGGGCCCCCGGAAGCCCUAUACUGAAAAGAGGCCGCCCAUUCCCAGUUCUCAACCAGGACCGACCGGUAAAGACCUUCCAGGGGCCACAGAGGAAAGAGGAAAAACUGAGGAGUCCUUGGAGAGCACAGAAGGCUUCCGGGCCACAGAGCAAGGCAGCCAGAAGCCUGCUGCAGAUCCCCCAGCCUCUGCCAGCAUCCCUGUCAAGCCCCCAGCAUCUGCACCUGCCCUGUGGGACGGGAAAAAGAGAGGCGACCCCCCGGGGGAGCCAGCAGCCUUCCCGCAGGGGCUGCCAGCCGGUGCGGAGGAGCAGCGCCAGUUCCUCACGGAGCAGUGCAUCGCCGCCUUCCGCCUGUGCCUCAGCCGCUUCCCCCAGCACUACAAGAGCCUCUACCGGCUGGCCUUCCUCUACACCUACAGCAAGACUCACCGCAACCUCCAGUGGGCCCGCGACGUGUUGCUAGGCAGCAGUAUCCCGUGGCAACAACUGCAGCACAUGCCGGCACAGGGGCUCUUCUGCGAGAGGAACAAGACCAAUUUCUUCAACGGCAUCUGGCGGAUCCCUGUGGACGAGAUCGACCGGCCAGGCAGCUUCGCCUGGCACAUGAACCGCUCCAUCGUGCUGCUGCUGAAGGUGCUGGCCCAGCUCCGGGACCACAGCACCCUGCUGAAGGUGUCCUCCAUGCUGCAGCGGACCCCAGACCAGGGCAACAUUGGGGGCCCAGAGUGUGACACCGCCGCCGGGGACACACCCACCACCCCAAAGCACCCUAAGGACAGCCGAGAAAACUUCUUCCCUGCGGCUGUGGCCCCUACAGCCCCUGACCCUGUGCCAGCAGAUGCUCUCCAACGGCCCAGUGACACCCACACCAAGCCUUGCCCUGCCCCGGCUGCCACCGCAGCUAUCAUCACCUGCCCUCCCUCGACAUCAGUCUCCACCUCAGACCCAUCCAAGGACCCUGGGCUCCCCCAGCCGCACAGUCCUGAAGCCACUCCUCGCAUGGCCUCUUUGGGCCCAGAGGGAGAAGAGCUGGCAGGAGGGACAGAGGGCGCUGGCUACCUGCUCCAGGAGCCUCAGUGCAGUGAACAGGUGAAGACAGAGCCGCACUGCUGGCCAGCAGAGGCCACCCCCCACACAGGCACCGAGCCUGCCUGCAGCCAGGUUGCCAGCUCCACGGUGCCCAGCAGUGGGAGUGCCCAGCCACCCGAGGGCCACCCAGGCAAGGCAGAGGCCAGCAGGGCCAAGUCUCGCCUCCUGCCCAACAUGCCAAAGCUGGUCAUCCCCUCAGCUGCCACCAAGUUCCCCCCUGAGAUCACUGUCACGCCGCCCACGCCGACCCUGCUCUCACCCAAAGGCAGCAUUUCGGAGGAGACCAAGCAGAAGCUGAAGUCAGCCAUCCUGUCUGCCCAAUCGGCUGCCAACGUGAGGAAGGAGAGCCUGUGCCAGCCGGCUCUGGAGGUCCUGGAGACAUCGAGCCAGGAGUCCUCGCUGGAGAGUGACACAGAUGAGGACGAUGACUACAUGGACAUCUGA